AUGUUAACCAAGAUUCAGGCAUUGUUAACUGGUGCAAAGCAAAAGCUGGAUAAAGAGCAAGUAAAUAUGACUGAGAAAUGCGAUACGACAUUGCUCCAAACAAUGCCAACAAAACUGAAGGAUCCAAGUAAGUUAACCAUCUCUUGCAAUAUUGAUGGGGUAGAGAUCUCAAGUGAUCUAUGUGAUUUAGGGCCGAGUAUCAAUUUAAUGCCUCUUAAUAAGGUAAAAGAAUUAAAGUUGGAAGAGAUCAUACCUAGUAAUAUAACUCCCACCUUAGCUAAUUUAUCUAUUACUCAUCCUCAUAGUGUUUUACAAGAUCUGUUAGUAUAUGUCAACGGUCUAUUUUUUACUAUAGAUUUUUAUGAUGAUCUGGAAACAUGCUACCAGAUUGAAGACAAAGGUAUCAAAGACGACAAAGGAAGGAAUAAAGGACAGUUAUCUGGUGUGAGGGUAUCCCUUGCGCCUGACGUGCUUAGGCAUGGACCAUCAAGCUAA